AUGUCACUGCUCGCGGGCACGCCGACGCCGGCAGCCGUCGACGACGCUGCGUCGUCGUCGGCGGCGGCAGACGUCGCCGUGGUGUUUCCCGCCGACGCCGUAUGGCUGGCGUUCACCUUCUGCGUCGUCUACGCAAUCGUCGGCAGCGUCGGCAACGUGGCGACGGUCGUAGCGGUCGGCAACUCUCGCAAGCUGCGUCGCAAUUCGGCCAACUUCUUCGUCGUCAACCUGGCGGCGGCCGACCUCGUCUUCUGCGCCGUCAUACUGCCGCUGAACGCCGUCAAGUGGUACGAGCGUCGCUGGACGCUCGGCGCGACGUUCUGCGUCGCCUACCCGUGCCUCUUCUACGGCGCGCAGGCCGCAUCGAUCAUGCUCAUGCUGGCGGUCACCGUCAACCGCUACGUCGCCAUCGUGCACAACCACCUCUACGCGAAGAUCUACGGCCGACGCGCCGUCGUCGUCGCGAUGGUCGUCUUCUGCUGGCUGUUCGUCGGCGCGAUGCUGGCGCCGCAGGCCGCCGGCGCGUGGGGCGAGUUCGGCUACAAGAACGCGACAUUCUCGUGCACGUUCCGCGAGAACGACGGCGGAAACUCGCAACCGUUUCUCUUCGUCGUCGGCGUCGUCGUUCCGCUGGCGAUCAUGACGGUCUGCUACCUGCGCAUACUGCUCACCGUGCGCGCCAGCCGCGCGCUCGUGCGUCGCUUCAGCGCCCCUCGCCAGGGGGAGCAGCGCGACCAGCGGCGGCGCAUCAGGCGCAACGACCGUCGGCUGGCGACGAUGAUGAUCGUCGUCUUCGCGGCGUUCGUCGGUUGCGCGGCGCCGGCCGUCGUCAUCGAUUUCGCGCUCGGCGACGCCGACCUGCCGACGCUGCAGGUCGUCGGCUUCGUGCUCACGUGGACGUCCAGCGUCGUCAAUCCGCUCAUCUACGCCUUCUCCAACACCAACUACCGGCAGGCGUACAGCGACGUGUUCUGCUCGCGACGACGACGCGGCGUGCAGCGCUGGGCGAGCCGCAAGUCGAGCACGGUGACGACGACGAUAUCGACCAGCUCCGGAUACAGCUUGUCGCGCACGGCCAGCGCUUCCGGAUCCGGGAAGCGGCGGGUCAACGACGACGCGCCGCAACGUGGCGUUGCCGACGACACGCUGUAA